AUGGCGGAGGGCGAGUUGAAUGUGGAUAGUAUAAUAUCCCGCUUGUUAGAAGGUUAGGAGACUAAAAACUCUACCUUACUUCAUUCAGUUAGUAUUGUAUAGACUUGAUCUAAGCAUUACCUUCUUUUCUGCAGCUCGCGGUAGACCAGGAAAGAGUGUACAACUAGCAGAAUCGGAAGUUCGCGGGUUAUGCUUGAAAUCAAGAGAAAUCUUUUUGAACCAACCCAUCCUGCUGGAAUUAGAGGCUCCUCUUAAAAUCUGUGGUAAGCUUUCUUGUGUUAUGCACAAAUCCUUUCACUGUGUUCUCAGUCGAUCACAGUAGUUCUCUCAUUUGUGAACCGAGUCUUCAUUUUGCGAGGAAUGCAGAGCAGAGAAAGCUUACAAAGCUUCUCGCGGCUUAGAUUUGUCCUCACUCGUCUUACUAGCGCCGGCCGGCUUGAAAAACGCUAUAUAUUCCUGAAAAUUAGAGGCUUAAAUCUCUAUCAGAUAUUUUUCGUAGCUGUUUCUCGCAUUUUAGCAUGUGGCACUAAGCAAAUAGCGAUCUCCUUGUGUUUGGUAUUUCAGGAUUGGAGUGACCUAGCCUUUUCCGUCAAUUUGCGGUAAAUCAUGAGCACCAAAGUUUACAACCAAAAGUUCUAAUAUGUUCAAAAUAAGGAGUUUUAGACUAUAGUUUUCUGAGUUAUCUAAUCAUAAAGGCAUUAGUAUAAAAAAUCUUGAGGCUAAAGGAGAAUUGUAAAAUGUGUUGAGUAAUAUGCAUGACUGCCUCUGUUGUUUUUGGACCUGAUAGAUAGUAUCCUAGUGCUGUUUGGAAAAACAGACUUGAAACAAGUAAACAGGCUUGCUCACGUCUUAUUAGAAAGAAAAGAAUAUCUGACAUCUAAGUCGAAAUGAAGUAAUUUGUAAAUUUUCUCUUAUUUCCAUGAGCUUUACUCCGUGUACUCUGUUAUGUCUGUUGUCGUUAAUUAAGACUAAUUUUUCGAGGGAGUUCCCUAUUUCCCUGUUAUUUAUACCUCUCUCACUUCAUACCCAUAGUUAUGUUAGGUUUCGUUGAUUCCUAUGGGGUAUGAACUCGAUUUUUCCUGUUUACGCACCGUUAACAUCAUUACAUAUUGGUGAUCGGUGCAAACAGCAGGCUAACGCAUAAAUAUAUCCUGUACGGUCAGUACGGUUACAUCUUCCUGUUGGGUUGUUAUGCAGUUUUCAUCCUGGGUUGAAAUCUUUUCUUGCAUGGAAAAGGCAAAGUUUUUCCACCUGUUCAAUAAAUAGGAGACCAAUUGCACAAAGUAAUGGUACAGUACAUACAUUUUCAUGUGGCGAGCUACUUUGAUUGUUAGUUCAUAUAGUGUAAACUGUGUUUUAAUUAUUAUAAACGAAAAUAAUUGAGUGAUUCUUUUUUCAAAUGCAAAUAAUGGCAGUAACUUAACUUACUUUGUGAAUUUUAAUGCUGGUCAACUUACAGUGUUUGAAAGGUGGGUUAAUAGAGAAAACCAAAGUGAUAUUUUUUGCUUUGAAAUUUCGUGUGAACUAUAGCCUUCUAUUCCUUGUGGGUAGUGUCUACUUUGACAUUACGAUUACAGAUACAUUUGAGCAAACUUUGGAUAUUGCAGUCCCCAGCCUGGCUGAUCUUUCUCAUCUUGCCAAAUGUGUGUAGAUUUUGUAAACACUAUGUAAAACACAUGUUUGUCUGCAAGUUGUUUUGAAUUUUUAUUUUCAUUGGGGAACUAUAGGGGUGCUGUUACACAGAUAAAAAGAGUUAUUUUGCUUUGUUUUUAUGGAAUCUGUGCCACUGCAAGGCAUGUUGAUAAUAUCUGUAAGUAAUAUUUGCUAUUUCUUCCCUCAGCUGUUUCAGUGUCCCUAACUUCUUCACUUGUUUUUUUUUUGUGCAUACAUUCAAACAGUAACCUUUCUUCAUUUUAUUUAUUGCAUUAUAUUUAUAAAAAUUUUUUGUUUCUCAGUGGAGUCUCAUAAUAUUUUACCACAACUUAAUUUUGCUACACACUGUGAAAUUUUUAUAAGUUAAAGCUGUAUGAUGUGAACUUGUAGACACAAGAGCUUUCAAACAAUAAAUUGGUGUUUCAGGUAAUUGUACCUGAGAUAAAAAGUUAACUACAAGUCCAUGUCACUGAGGGCCUUUAGUUAUGGGCCAUGUUGCUUAUACCGCUCACUUCUAUGCCAAAUGUCGUCUUCAUUUGCAAGACAGGACAAGACAUUCAUUGAUCAGCUUCUAAAAUGAGCUGUGAAAUAGUUCAUCAUAAUAAAAUGUAGAGCUUAAUAGCUUUUUAAGAGAUUAGUCUUAACUAACACAUGUAAUCAAGUUUUUUUUUAGGUUCUUAUAUUUUUCCACUACUUAUUUUUAUAUUACAAUAACAUACUGUAACCUUGCAGUGGGUCAAGGUAGGUGUCACUAAGAUUUCAAGUUAGAGGCUGUAUGCAAUCAGUUGAUGGGGAACUGAACUGCUAGGAGGUUGUUUUUCCUUUUUUCCUUAUGAAAGUAGCCAGGGUCAUGCUUCAGGAAGCUGGGAAAAAUUCCUGACCCUUGGCUCUUACUGACAUCCCUCAGUGUGAUGAUAUACAUGUCAGUAGUCCAUUUGCAAAGACACUCAUAAGAAUGUAAAGGCACUUAAAUCUAUGAGAUUGUCCUUACAUGAUAUACACUGUGAAUGUUUGCUGCACUUGCAUUGCUUUAGUGCCUUUCUGUGCCUUCUUUUUUGUCUCUUCCUAUAGUUUUCUCUCCCAUUGGCUUCCUUUCUUGGUUGUUCACAGCAAUCUGUAAAGAGGAACUUUAUGUAUAAACUCUGAUCUUAAACUAACACCAUCCUUUAAAGUCACCACUACAGCUUUGUACAUGUACAUGUUAAUACAGUUGUUUUUUAAUAUACGUGUACAUGCUGUCCAAAAACCUGUUCGGGACAGUCACUUUAAGGAUUGGCCAACUGACCACUAAACACAGCUUGCCAGUUUGAUAAAACACCAAUAUGAAAAUAACUAUGAAACUAUCUCAGACCAUAGAAUGUUGGCAAGUGACCUUUUAAUACAAAAUGUAAAGGUGAAUGUUUUACACAGGUUUGCUUUGUACAAAAUACUUAAUUUGGUAAAUUAAAGUAUAAAACAUCCUGUCUUUUCUCACUGUCAAAAACACAGCUGAUGUUGACAGUAAAAUGGCCACUGUGCUGUUAUGCUUAAAUACUUAUUUGUGCUAAUCUAAUAUUUUGAAAACUCCUACAGGUGACAUUCACGGGCAGUACACAGAUCUUCUAAGGUUGUUUGAAUAUGGGGGAUUUCCUCCAGAGGCAAACUACUUAUUUUUGGGUGAUUAUGUGGACAGAGGGAAGCAGUCUCUAGAAACCAUCUGUCUUCUGUUGGCAUACAAGAUCAAGUAUCCAGAAAACUUCUUUCUGUUGCGGGGAAAUCAUGAGUGUGCAAGCAUCAACAGAAUAUAUGGCUUCUAUGAUGAGUGUAAGUAGAUUUACCGAUAUGAACAACGUUUUUGUGUAGCCCAGCAAUUUGGUUUUGUAUUGGUAUUCUACUUUUCCUUUAAGUAUUUUUGUGUGUUGGCUUUUGAUUAUAAAUUAGUUGUCAAAAUAUUUUUUCCUUAAAUGUAUGAAGCGAGUAGUUUCUAAAAAACUAACACUAACACUGUUACAGUACGGCACGACAUCAUUUUAAUCAACAGUUGUGCAUUAACAAAUGGAAAGUGAUGUUGCUGCUUGCUGAAUGAGUAUUAAGCUAUUCGGCAUUUUUUAAAAGAUUGACUGUCAUUCAGCAAGUUGUAACUUGAUAAAUGGAGUGCAGCUGUCUAUUUUCAUUUAACAAAAUACAGUUCAAAAAGCAGGCCUGUAUAUAUCCUGUUUUAUAUUUUGCAGGUAAAAGGCGGUAUAACAUCAAACUCUGGAAAACAUUUACCGACUGUUUUAAUUGUUUACCUAUUGCUGCUAUAGUUGAUGAAAAGAUCUUUUGCUGCCAUGGAGGUGAGUGAAUUUGAAACAUUGAACAGUCUUUUCUAAAUUCAUUUCAUUUAGGAGUUUGUACUAAACGCUGUAUACCCUUUUUUGUUUCUUACUAGGUCUCUCACCAGAUUUACAGUCCAUGGAACAGAUUAGAAGAAUAAUGAGACCUACAGAUGUCCCAGAUACAGGUUAGUUAACCAUACACUGGUCUACAUGCCACUGGCCUUGUGUACAAUAUGUACAAGGCAUAAUCAUGUUCUGGCACAAACUAACAACAAUGCAGGAAAAAAUUGCGGAAUAGUGAUGCAUAUGAAUAUAGUGUUAUUCCUCACGAGGCGGUGGUUUUUAAAUUCAUCACGCGCACAGCACAUGGAUUGUAAUGGCCUGCAAACUCAGAUGGCCCAUGUAUGUUUCUAUAUAUCUGCUGUUGUGGGCGGCAUUGACUUCAUUGACAAACUUGUUCUGUUAUUUUUGCGGCUGUUUUUGCUAUCAAGAAAUGCUUUUGGUGAUGAAUUUUUGAUGGCAGAAGUGUUUUACCGGGAACAUUGAAGCAAUUUGUACCAUAAGCUUCAAAAUAAGAGCAAAAUCGAGAUCAAAGAACCCAUUUCAGUGGGCAGAAGAGUUUGCUCCUGUUGCAGUUUAUGUGUUGGAAGACCCUUUCAGUUUGGCUUCUUGCCAUCAAAACCUUGCUUUUUAUUCUACACAAAAAUAGUAAGUCAAUGCUAUAUGAAAGUAUCUUUUAUACCUUUUUUUAGGCCUUCUUUGUGACUUGCUGUGGUCAGACCCUGACAAAGACACCAAUGGCUGGGGUGAAAAUGAUAGAGGUGUUUCAUUCACUUUUGGAGCAGAUGUAGUCAGCAAGUUCUUAAACCGCCAUGAUUUAGAUCUCAUUUGUAGAGCCCACCAGGUUAGUUAAAAUUAAAAGGUAAAGGGCAUAAAGUAAUUCCGGCACAUGCACAAAAAAAUCUGCAGUGUCUGCAAUAAUGGCUCAAGUCUCUCUAUUAGGUCACUAAUGCAAAAGUCAGUCAAUAUUACAGUAUCAUGACCUUCAUGUAUCUACAAUUUUAUGGGAUUUUUUAGAUAAUUUUUUAAUAUCAAUGUUUUGUUGUGAUAUUUUUUUCUGUGCAGCUAUGGUUUGCUGCACAGACUGAUAAAAUGGAAGGGUCUUGAAUGGUCCUAAAAAUGUAAAUAACUUUAUGAGGCAUUUCUCAAAUAAAGAAAGGUUUGUGACUGUCUUUUAUUUUUCUAAAAACAAUAAAAUAUAGUUUUAUCAACUGAGUUGCUUAAGUAAAGUCAUCUCUGAAUCUUAAUACACUGCGUUUCACUCCCCACCCCUUUAUUCUCUCCUUAGGUUGUAGAGGAUGGUUAUGAGUUUUUUGCCAAACGACAACUUGUUACAUUGUUCUCAGCACCCAAUUACUGUGGAGAGUUUGACAAUGCGGGUGGAAUGAUGAGUGUGGACGAAACUCUUAUGUGUUCUUUCCAGGUAAGGGCAACACAAUAACACUCUGUUUUUUUCCUCCCCCUUUAAUGCAUGAAUGUAUUGUAAAAAUGAACCAGUUGUGCAUUUCUCAUACAAUGAUUAUAUAAUAUAGGAACAGUGAAGUGAUGGUUUUCUGUUUUUGGGCCUGAUCUGAAACCAACUUGAUCAAGAGAGUUGUCAAGACUAGUUUACACAUGCAAAUAUGCGAGAAUGACCAUGAGCAGCGUCUGCAGAUGUAGUAACUUGUGGUUAAUUCAUUGGAACCUUUUGUUCUUUCACAAGGUUGUAAUGUUCAGGAGGCUAUUGCAACUACAUGUGUUUUUUGUGCUUUUGCUUGCAUUGUGUGUGUAGGCCAGUCUAAUGACUUCAGUGAAUACCAAUUUGCAAGGCUACACUGCAUGACAGACAGUUGGAAUUGCUCCCGACCCCAUUAUUCAUUAUUUACACAGACAUCCUGGUAAAUAUAUUUGUAAGUAAGUCAAUGUCUUGUCAUUAUUUUCCUUCUCUCGUCUAGAUUCUUAAACCAUCAGAAAAGAAAGCAAAAUACCAGUAUGGUGGUUUAAAUUCAGGGAGACCUGUUACUCCUCCAAGAGGGCCACAAAAAGCAAAAGGAAAGAAAUAGACAAUCAUCCUUGUGUUUAAAAUACUCUGGAAAACAAAUGUCACUUCAUUGUACCAAGAUGGUAUGAUACACACCAGAUGAACUCUUUGUUUGUUUAGUAGUUUGCCUUUAUAAGAGAUCAGAUCCAUUCCUCCUUGAAGUUAAGAUAUUUUUGUUUUCUUUUAAUGAGGAGGCAACAUUUUUGUGGUAUCCAAGAUUCCACAUUGUCUUGUUUUUGGUACCAUAGUAAUCAGUCACUGAUUAUACAACAACAACCUAAAAAAGUUUUUCUACACUUUGGUCUAUUUACGCUGUCAGAAUGAACUAACGAUAAUACAUCCCACAUAAUUAUGCAUAUUAAUCUUCGUUAUUUUUGGUUCCAAACCUCAUAGAAGUUGAAGUGAGAAAUAAGUGUAGUUUGUAAGUUUUCAUGCAUCAUGCACAUUUUACCACUGUUUAUAUUAUUUUUAUCGUACACUGUUAGAAAUGUCAGAUGUGUCACAAAAGCUAAUCAGCCAGUGAUUAGCCAGCCCUCUGCCUUAACAGAAUGUCAUUGGUUGUUUAUCUUUUUUGUCACAGUAAGGCUGAUUUUAAAACUAGUGUUGUUUUCAUUUUGUGUUUGUAUGUUAGCUACUUUACAAAAGUGUGUAACUAUAAUAAAUUAAACCUAAAGAAAAUUGCUCAGUGUAGUUGCAACUUUUACAGUUGCAAGUAGUUUGAGCGUGUCCGUCCAGGUGAAUGUAGUCGUGAAUAGGACUGUUGAUGACAGUUCUGCAAAGAAUGCUGGAAAAGGUCCAUACAAGCCUGAAAUUUUUCAGGCUAUCUGUUUGCAAUAACAAAUGUAAAAGUUGAUUCUACUACUGCGGUGGUCUUAUUUAUGUUUAAUUCUUCAUUUGGCUGUUAGUAUAUGAUUUUCAUAUAUUUAUCAUUUCAACGUAAAACCACAGCUG